CGCGUCCCCCCGGCCCAUAAAUGCCCGUCCCAGUGCGGGGAGGUCUGAACUUCCAGCGCAGCGCCGCCUGCUUCUGACCCGCAGGAGGAGCGAUGAGGAAAGGCCUGUUUGCGCCCUUGAACCCAGGAAGCCCAGGAGCCGGACUCGGCCCCGCGGCCCCCGCGGACCUCAGUGGGAACAUCCACGUCCUUCUGCAGGAGCAACCCGACGCUGCGCGCGCCAGAGACGCCCGCGACUUCUACGAGGCUCCGCGCGCCCUCGUGGAGCUUCGGUUGGGCCCCGGCGGGAGCGCGCUGCGCCACCUGCAGCCGGACAGGUGCGCCCUGGAGCGCGCGCAGCGGCGGCGGCGCCUGGCCGCCAACGCCCGGGAGAGGAGGAGGAUGCUGGGACUGAACGUGGCCUUCGACCGGCUGCGGAGCGUCAUCCCGAACCUGCAGAGCCAGAAGAAACUGUCCAAGUCUGAGACGCUGCAGAUGGCGCAGAUCUACAUCAGCACCCUGAGCGAGCUGCUGCAGGACGGAGCCGCAGAGCCGGGACCUGACGGGGAGGCCCGGAGCGCAGAGAGGAGCAGAUAACCUGGACUGAGGGCCCCCGGGGGCCCCGGAGGGCCCAGACCCGCACAGCUUGAUGAUUGUAAAUAAAUGGUUCCUGUUUGAAA